GGAAAAAAGAGUGACUGGUGGUGUGUUGGAUGAAGUGAGGAUGAUGGCUGGCUAUCUGCCCAGCAUAACAUGGGUGUUUCUGCUGGCUCUCUUCUUCACUCCCACACCUGCUCGUUCUGAAGACUUUGGGAGGUUCAGGAGCAGUGCUACACCGGCUCAUGAGCCUGAAUAUGCAUUUGAAAUUGGUGGAGUUGAUGCGACGAGACCCAACUCGGGAGCGAUAAUACACAACCCGUACAGUAAUUACCGACCACCAGUGUUGUUUGGUCCCAGACCUAGACCACGGCCCACCUGGUACUACAACCAGUACAACCAACACCAGAUCCGGCCUUAUUGGUACUAUAGUGGCUAGAUGUAAUACCAAGGCCCCAUGGUACUACCAGUAGGGCUACUAGUACCACCGAUAGUUCAACUAGAACUGAGAGCUACACCGCACCUCCCAGCAGAGUGAAAUAAGUAUAAAAUAAUGUUGAAACGGCGCAAGGAUGAGUCCUGUUGUGUUUAUCUUAACCUUAUGAGAGUCGACUUGAACAAAACAUUUAUAACAAUGGUCUAACUUAAUCUCCUAAGGUCCAGUUUACAAAAUUUCUAAUAGUGAGGCUUAGCUUUGAUAUUAAGGAAUAAUCUAAGCUAACCAUCCCGCGUGGUUUUCUAGUUAUACAGUUUAAAAAGGUCCACCAUCCAGCAGAGUUAUCUCUCGUCAUCCUCUCACAGCUGCAUGGGUUUAAUCGUCACGGAGAAUAAUUGUUAAGUUUUGUCUUAAGUCUUUUGAUAAAGUUUAGUGUUUGUUUUAGAGUGUGUCUGUACACCCUACUUAUCUGAUGAGGUAAAUACUUGUUUCUUUAUGUUUAUGUUGUUAAUACAAUUGUUUAUUAUACGACCAUUAAUAAAAUUUUAAAAUCUAAA